AUGCACAGCAAAGAACAAAUCAGUCAUGACGAAUACCAGAAGACAGCUGAUUGGUUGAUGUCUCAGACGAAGCACCGCCCCCAGGUGGCGAUCAUCUGCGGGUCCGGACUGGGCAUGCUCGCUGACACCCUCAAGUGUCAGGACUCCUUUGCUUAUUCUGACAUACCGGGCUUCCCACAGAGCACAGUGCAGGGUCAUGCAGGUCGGCUGGUUUUCGGGGAGCUGAAGGGGAAGACGUGUGUGUGCAUGCAGGGCCGCUUCCACAUGUAUGAAGGACACUCACUCUGCAAGACAACAUUUCCAGUCCGGGUCUUCAAGCUGUUGGGGGUGGAGACUCUGAUCGUGACAAAUGCUGCCGGCUCAUUGGCUGACGGCCUCCAGCCUGGUGACAUCAUGAUCAUCAAAGACCACAUCAACUUCCCCGGGCUGGUUGGUCUGAACCCGCUGAGCGGACCCAACGACGACAAGUUCGGGCCUCGUUUCCCAGCCAUGUCAGGUUGCUAUGACAAAGGCCUGCGUUGCAUAGCGAUGGAGAUCGCCAAGCAGCUGGGCGUGGCCAGCAUCAUGCAGGAGGGCGUGUACGCCACGGUGGGUGGACCAAACUUCGAAAGCAUCGCUGAGGCCAGAUUACUGCAUCGACUCGGGGUGGACGCUGUCGGUAUGAGUACAGCUCCUGAGGUCGUCGUGGCGACUCACUGUGGUCUGAAAGUCUUCGGCCUCUCUCUGAUCACCAACAAGGUGGUGAAGAGUUAUGAGGACACAGACAGUGUGAACCAUGAGGGCGUCCUGGAGGUCGGCCGGCUGCGCUCUCACACUGUGCAGCAGCUGGUGACUGAACUGAUCAGCAGGAUGGAGAUCAAUAACAACAAUAAUGCUGUCUGA